UCCCUCCGGGAUGCAGGGAAACGGUUGGAAGUAUCCGCGCACCAGCUUCGAGUGGGCUUCAGUGCCGGGGCGCAGGUGUAUAUAAGUGCCUCGGGCGCCGUAUCAAAUGGCACACACACAGUCCCACCGUUCGAGCGAGCUGCAAGAAAGCAGCGGGGAGCUUCGAGAGGUCUUCGAGAGCUUCCUGCUGAACUGCUUGGGAGAGGAUCAGACUUCAAGCCUACCCCAUACAGUCUCACAGUUUAAGGAUGCUGCUCUCACACACCUACGUUCCGACGCUCGUCGUGGCCGCUGUCGCGCUUCUCGUCACCCUCCCAGCCGGCGGCCGGGCGCAGCUGAUGGAAGCUGACCCGGAGCUCGGUCACCCACUGCAGAACAAGCGCUCCUUCCUCGGCCUGCAGUGUCGCGGAGUGUUUGACAAGGUCACCUUUCACGAGCUGAACGCCGUCUGCAAGGAGUGCUACGGACUCUAUCAGGAGCCCGAGCUGCAUGGCCUCUGCCGGUCCGAGUGCUUCACCACCGAGUACUUCAAAGGCUGUCUGCAGGCGCUGCGGAGAGCCCACGAGACGGACAAAUUCGACAUGGCCAUCCGCCGGAUCAGCGGCAAAUAAUAGACCCCUGCUGACCAUAGACGAGAAGAGACCAAUGUCACCCGCAUAGGCCAACGCUAGGAUUGAGUGUGUUUGGGUGUAACUUAUGUGCUACUGACGGGCGGCUGACCGCAAGUUGUAUUUGUCAAAUUAAUUAUGGUGUUUCUGUGAGGAGUAAGGGCGCGUUUCUUCGUAGGUACGGCUAUGUUUAUGUGCAAUUGUUUUCUAUAGAGGCUGGGCAUUCAGUUUUUCGAGCAGUCUUCAACUUUUAAAAUUGUCAGUAAACACGAGGUACAAAAUUUACUAUUUAUCUGCUGAUGUUAAAACUUAAAACUAUAUAUACUCCAAGCAUUUAUGUAAUGAACAACGGGCUACAGAUAGCCGUUUAUCUGUUAUAGAUGGGUAUUAUUGUUGUUUCAUUUGUGGAUGCCCUUCACUUUGUAAACCGAUGCAGCAACAAUGUGUUAAAUAAAAUAUACCUAUGA